UGUGUGUGUGUGUUGGUCUGCGGAGCUGGACCCUGGAAACGGCCCCUGAUCUAUCGGACAAGCGGAGAAAAUGAGACGUCGGCCCCGCAGCAGGAAUCAAACCCACGGAACAAGAUGAUCAAGCAGCGUCCUCUGGCCCCGGAAGGCUCCGACGGUGCAGAGGGAAGCUCCACCGCCGGGACCCUCACCCCGGAGACCACCCUCGACCAGGCCGCCUCCUUGGAGCCUCAGGACCAUAUCUAUGCUCAGGACGGCCUGAAGUCCCCUGCGCCUCCCGGGCCCUCCUCCAGCACCACCACGACCACCACCACGACCACCGGCCCGGGGCAGCAGCCGCCAUGUCAACACGAACCAGCCCAGGCAAAGAGAAGACUGGAGCUGGAAGUCGGUGAUCCCCAGGACCCCCCCACGGCCUCUCUUUGCCACACAGGAGAACGGUCAUGCUUCCGAUCUGGUAAGAUUAUGAAGUGCCGCAAUGACACCUCACUCUCUUUGCUGACACGGAGGUUCUUAGAACUGCUAAACAAGUCCUCCAAUGGCGUGAUCGACCUAAACUCCGUCGCACUUCAGCUCAAUGUCGCCAAGAGGCGUAUCUACGAUAUCACCAACGUCCUUGAGGGGAUCCAGCUCAUCAGAAAGAAGGCUAAAAACCAUAUUGAGUGGAUGUGUGCUCCAAUCAGUAGGAAAGAUGCUGAAGAAAUGCGGGCUCUCACUGAGCAGGAGAUGAAGCUGGACGAGGCGAUUGAAAUCUGUAUGUGCAAAGUUCAGCAGAUGUGGGCGCACGGGAACAAUCAGAGAUUUGCCUAUGUGACGCAUGAGGAUGUUCAGCUGAUCCCCAGUCUGAAAGAACAGACGGUCAUUAUGAUCAAAGCUCCUCCAGAGACAAAACUGGAGGUCCCACAUCCAGAGGAGAGGCUCCAGGUCCACCUCCGAAGCACCCGGGGGCCCAUUGAUGUGCUCGUCUGCUCCGAUCCCCCCAACUCUUCGGUCGGCAUAGAUGUCUCCGUGGCCAAUGGCAGACACUCAAAGUUGUCCACCAGUAGGAAUAACUCGGUCCCAGUUUUGCGUCAUUCGUCCUCCGCCCGCGUGUCUUCCAAAGAUGAUGCUAACAAUACACCCGGAAUCAAUAGUAGCUGCAACACGCUGUCCGAUCCGACACAACACUCCUCACCGGUUUCUGUUGCCCCCACCUCCCGCGCGCCCACCUUCCUCACCUCCCUUCGACCCCACUCGGAAGACCAGCAGAGCUUUCACACUCGCGCCUCACCCGUGGCCUUCUCUGUUGAUGGGGAGCAGUUCCUCGUGAGCCUGGCUGACAACGAUGGCAUCACUGACCACUACUCCUCUGACGACCAGGGGCAAUUUCCAGUGAAGAUGCCCCUUGUCUGAGCAGCUGUUCUUAUUGAAAUAAUCAAUAAUUCUGGCGGCAGUGGAUACCUUCACACAAACAGGAUAUCACAGGGAAUUCUAAUGAAAGUACAGCUCUGAAUAUGAUAUUUGUAAAUAUAUAUCCAAAUGAACCUAUCCUGGACAAUGUGACUCUGGUUUACUCACACUCAGGUAUGUGAAGGUAGAUGCAACACAAAAGCAUUACAGCGGAGCUUUAUUGCAAUGACCAUAUUGUUCUGAAUACUAAGGUAGACGUCCCUUACGACUUGUGGACUUAAAGGAAACUGUGGAUCAAAGUUCCUUUCGUGAACAUGAAGGAGCCAGAAGAUUUAACCGUCCGUUUUGCAUCAUUAUCUGCUGAGAUUUUCUGAUUUUAAACUCCUUGCCCUUUAUUGGACUUCAAGCUAAAAGUUCCACAGUGGACGGUGAUAAUAAUUUCCUUUUUCCCCCUUAUUUUUUGAGACUGCUGCUGAAGAAAAAUUACAUAUAUGUGCCUCAUUCCCAACGGUUAGUCCCUCAUCACUUUGCACUGACAUGGAAAUACCCCACUUGUCUUGCUUGCCUGUCGUGUGAUGCACUGAUCCAUUCUUCACAUCUCUUAUCUCGACGAAGGAUCUUGGCAGAUACCAAAUGCGGAUCUGUUUAAAAAUCUGUAUAUCUCACCGAAUUGUAAUAAUUGUGAUCUGAGGUAUAACAAGGCUGAGGAAGGCUGCAGUUCUAACAACUGAAGUGAUGCCCCUAGUCUGAAUGAUACGCCUGGUAUUGGAUUCACGGAAUUUAAUAUCACUGACAAACUGUAUGCAAUGGGGAUCAGUCAUUUAUAAGGUAUUGGAUUGGUGCUUUCCUGUCAGCUAUGCAAGACAAACUUCAGCAUAGCUCAGUCUGUCUGACUUUCGGCUUCAUUGUUUUCUCAGGGCUCUGGGACCUUUUGCUAGAAGUUCAAUUUUUGUAUGUUUUUUAAAUCAAAAUGUUUAAGGCAUUUCCCAAAGUUUGACAUUAUUCAUUUUGAGGUCAUGAUUUGAUAGCAUCACUUUGUCCAGGACAUUGUGUCAACGCUUCUUUUUUGUUGAGUCUACUUCACAUUACACAAUUUUUAGCCCGAUCGGCCAGUUGCUGAUCAGUUUUGCAUGUGGCCGACAAACACCUUCGAUCGGCAGUUGGCAAUCGCUAUGUGUGAACUCCUCAAAGACGCGAUUAUUACCCUGAAGCCUUUUUAUAGAUGUCACCUCCAAAACAGAACGAGUUUGGGUUGUGCUCAGUUAGUUUUCUCUUGGCCUCAGCUGAGUUCGAACAGAAAAAUGUGGCCCAAGCUGUUCUCUUCACUGGGAUCAGCGUGUCUUCUUGUGUGUGUUUUUGUGAUUUAGAUAUAGUUUGCGUUCCUCCUCCUGAACUCACAAUAACUGCAAGACCUCCGAUUACAAGACAGUCAUGUUGUGUAAACUACCCAGUGAGUUGUAUAGUAUCUACUCAAUUUUGGUUGUGAAGAGUCUCCAAUUCCCCGACUGCUUUUUGAGACAUUAAACAUCUCAGGAAGUUAUUUUCUGAUGUACAGAUGCAGCCUGUCAUCAACCCUGUUGCUGUUUAUAAACAGACAAUAUUUGGAUACGAUGUGACUUGGUACCAACUUAACUGAGAAAUCUCCUUUCUGUUGAAAAACCUUUCCGUGAUCAUAGAGACCGCAGCUCUCAUAUUGUCAUGUAGAGUGAAAGGUUUUUGUGGAAGUUUGAAGUGACCUUAAAGGCUUAACGUUCUCCUUUGAGCGCUGCUUAAACCAAAAAUUUGAAAACUACAGGAACAUAAUUCUAUAUCUGUCAUUUAUCCUUAAAACCUACUUCAGAAAGAGCCAGACCUUUGUUGUAGAGCUUACAUAAUAACAGAAUACCUCUCUACAACCAUUUUCAUGAUAUCAUUUAAAAACAAAAAAUUCAAAAUAUUUGCUGGUCUGAGCUUCUUAAAUAUGAAGAUGUUAUGCUUUUGGGGUCAUACAUGAGACAUCUUUGGAUCCGGUAAAAUAACAGGAAUUUUUUGUUAUGCUUCAACUUAAUAAACAACAGCUUUCUGUCAUGUUUACAGUUUUUAGAAAUUGACAAGUUCCCACUUUGAAAUGCUGGACCAUAUGUUGAAGUUCAAGCCUGUUAAAGAAUGAUCGACUCCACUGGUGGGUUUGUGUUUAAUGUCAUAAGGAAAAGUAACACAGGCAGUUUUGAGCAUUCUUGAGAAUGCAACACUAAAGGUCUGAUCGCGUUUUGCAUUUUUUUAAACUGUUCUUCAGAGCUGCCACGUCAUGAAUUUUCUUAUUUACAAUUUUUGUUAAUCUCAGUUGACAAAGAGUUUGCAUCACGAGUGCUGUACACCAAAGUUGUGCCCAGGGACCUUGAGGCUAAAUAGCUGUUAUGUGAAGGUAAACUGACUGUUAAGCAGAAAUAAGUGCCUGUUCACAUGAGUUCACACUGUAUAUUCACUUAUUGUUACUACUUGUAUUUCAGCAGUUACCCAUUAAGACAAUGAUAAUGAGGUGAUUCAUGUUCUCAGAGUUGAGGUAUAACAAUAGCUAUUACGAUAUAAAAAAGGUUGAAUGUAUAUUGAUAUACUGCUUAUGCAUUGUGUAAACACAGUGUGGAGGUAUAACACAUCUACCUCAGAUGUAUAAAAUGUUUUUUUUCUGUUUUGUCGAGUGUUUGUCACCCAGCUCAUAAAUAAAUUGAGAUAAUUAUCAA